ACACACCCGGAGCAGUGGGCAGCCACUUUUUGCUGUGGGUUCAGUGUCUUGCUCAAGGGGACCACUGUUGUGGGUAAUGCGGGUGGAAGAAAGUGCUGGUCAUUCACUCCCCCAACCUACAUUUCCUGCCGGUGCUGAGACUCAAACCCGCAACUUUCAGGCUACAAGCCUGACUCUAACCAUUUGGCCACGACUACCCAUAAACAUAAUUGUGUUUCAACUGGACACUGUCAGUAAUUUCCAUGUAAACUCAAAUGCUUUGAUUUGUUGAUUCAGAUGCAUUUAAUUAAGUCAGGGUGUCCAAUCCUGCUCCUGGAGGGUGUGUGUGUGUAAAAUAUUUAUUGUGGUAAUAAUCACCUCUGGCACCUCUAACCGACAGCAAACCUUCAUUGCAAGGUACUUCUUUGAUGCCAUUCAGGAAAACAGUGGUUGCCCACGAUUCAUAAGGGCAGACAGAGGAAAGGAAAAUCUUCAGAUGCAAGUGAUGCAAGUGGCAUUUCACUUCCGGGAGUCUGGUGAUCAAGGACGAGACUCCUUCAGAGUGGGCACAUCAGUACAUAAUCAGGCAGCUGAAUGCUUCAACAGUAUGCUGAAGAAAACAUGGAUCAAAAAAUGGCAGGUGACAUUUGAGGCCAUGAUGGAAUCUGGCAUGCUCGAUUUGGACAAUCCUGUACACAUAAAUUGCCUGCAAUAUACACACCUCCCCCUCCUUGAGAGAGAGCUGAACAUAGAGCAAAGACUGUGGAACACUCAUGACAUUCGCAAGCAAAGGAAUGUUCCAGGUCAAUCUGGGAAACCAGACCUUCUCUUUACUUCCCCACCCGAAGGCUUUGCUGAUAUGCUCUGCAAAGUAGACAACGACCUCCUGAAGUAUGCAGAACAGCUUGUUUGUGGAGUAGAUGAGCCUUUGUUGGUGGCAAAUGAAGAAUUCAGAAAAAUAUCAGAGGCUAUUCUGCAAAAUACAAACUUCCCAUCAUCACCAGACGGGUCUUUGGCGGCUUACCUCAUGUUGGUGGAUAAAUUCACCAGUCCUUCAAACAAGCAUUCCCAUUCCAUCCACAUUUGCAGAGGCAAAUGAAAUAUACCAGCUGCUGGCCAAUGAGACAGGGACUUUUUAACUGCUUAUACAACUAAAUAAAUCCAUAUAAAGGGACCAAAUGAUUAAAAAACUGCUACAAAUGAAGAUGCAAAACAUGUUUAAUGAUGUGAACAUACAUUGAAACAAAUAAUAAAACAUACCAGCAGUGUUAGACAGAGAGAGAAGGGCUGUGAUUAUAAUGUUAACAUUUUACCAACAUUGGUAUUUGUACCACAAACUGAAAAUGACAAGAAAUGUUACACUGUCCAUGUGAUAAUCCAUAACAUUUACCAUUCGUAACCAUAACGGCUCUUUAAAUCUGGUCCCUCCACUGUUUUUAGGGACAGCACCACAGAGGAAGCU